ACUUUUCUGCAUCCGUCGUUCUGACACUGCUUGCAACAGUCUUGCUGUAAACAUUUUGUCAACGAUCAAUUGUUCGUCGCAACACCGGUGCAUCUGAGAUCUCAUCAAGGAACGAGUCAGCACAAUAUCCCGGCAAAACCAUGGCCGAAUUACCCACACCGCCCGUCAGCUACCGCGACUCGACGGACAUGUUCUUCGCCGGCCGUCCCACCUCGACUGCAUACGGCGGAGCCUCCGCAGAUAUCGCCGAUGCAAACCAGUACUCCGUCUCCGGAUUGGAAGACCACCGCAAACGAAGUUUCGCGACGAAACCGACCGCAAACAUCGUCACGUCCAACAUUGUACCCCUGCGACAAGGUCUCGGAUCGCGGUUGAUGAACGCUUCGUCACAACUCACGAGAUCUGGGACCGUGCUGGGUUCGAAGCUUAAGGAGACGAUUUCUUAUGCUGCGCAACACCGGGCUCAACUUUCUUCUACCUCUACCGACAGCAAUAACACCACGACUUUCCGACCUGAUCGACCACCCACCGCUUCUUCCAGUAAAUUUCUCGGCGGCCUCUUCGACGGCGACUCCGCUCCCGUCCGCCUCGGUGUGCCUUCUCCCUCCAAAGAAGACGACGAGGUCGAAUUCAUCAUGGACCACCGCACGACGUUCACUCCGCGACCGAAUACCCGCCAUCAACGAAGCAUCUCCGCCAUAUCUGCGAAGUCGAGCAGUAGUCCGAAAUCCUGGUUUUCCCGCAAGGAGACUCCACCCGCCGCAGCAUCUUCACCUCAAGCUCCCAAACGCGACGAGUUCGCGACCAUGAAUAUCUCCUCCGCCCUCUUCCCUUCCGGUCCCGCCGACCCUUUGGAUCCGCAAUCUUUCAACGACCUGCUCCUCACCGCUACCGCUCUGCUCACCAGUUUCCAAGAGGCGUAUCGCGGGAAGUGUGAAGCUCUCGCGGCUCUGCAACCGGAAUUGGAAGUCCAGAAAGAGGAAGUCGAAGAAGCGAAUACACGCAGCGAACAUUUGAAAUUGCAACUUGAGGGGAUCGGAAGGGUUUGUGAGGAGCAGAAGAAAGUGAAUGAGGAGCUCGUUGGUGUUUUGGCUAAGACGAGGGAGGAGGUCGCGCAAGGGAGGGAGACGAUAAGGUUGGUGAGGAGGAGUACGGCUGGGAGUUCGAUUCGGGGGAAGAGGAGGAGUGAAGGUGGGAGUAGUGUUGCGGACUCGGGGUAUAGUGGUGGGGAUGCGGGUGAGGAAGAGGAAGAGGAGGAGGAUGAUGACGACUAUGCGAGUUCCAUCGCUGGGCCGUCGAGCAAUGGAUCUGAAGGCUUGCGGACGCCGGAGGAUAUGCGGGUGCCAAUGUUGAUGGUGAGUCCGGAGUAUGAUGGGAGGGAGUGGGGGAGUGGUGGAGGGAAGGUGGAGAUGAUGAGGAAGGAGGUUGAGGCGAGUGGUGGGGUUUGGGGUACGGUGCAGACGCUUAGGCAUGAGAAUGUUGGGUUGAAGUUGAGGGUGGAGAGUUUGCAGCAGGAGUUGCAGGGCUGUAUUGAGGUUAGGGUUGAAAGCAUCACGGACAUCAAGCCUCACAUCAUCUGUGCUGCAGGAGAAGACCUCCCCGCUUCAAACCGACUCCCAGAAACCGCUCUGCUCGAAGAAGUCGGUAGAGCUGCCACCAAAAUUAUGGAUAAAGUCCUCAACGAAGUCCCCAACCUCGCACCAGAUGGUCCCCUUUCCUUCAUCGGCGACCCUCUAGGCCACAUACUCUACUUCGCCCUCAGCCCUUUCGGCUACGUCCUCAAAGCGAUAGGAAACCCCAACGGCGAAGCGUUGUUGAAAGUGCAAGAUCAAGCGGCGAAGGAGUUGAAGUAUAUCGAGGAUGUGGACGGGAAGAGGAAGAGUGAGGUGGACAGGAGUACGGGUGUGAAGGAGCAGACGGCGGGGAAUCCGUUGGGGUUGUGA